AUGUGUGGAAAAAUUGCAGCUGCUACUAUUUCCAAAUUUCUUUGCAAAUUACCAACAAAAGACGCUAUGGUGCUUGCUCUCAUUUCAAGCACCAAGGGCGUAGUUGAGCUGGGCAUUUUUUAUGUAGCCUCCAUGGGGUUUGAGUUGAUUGUGCAGGAUACGAAUACAUGCACAAUUCCAGUUCUCUUGAUUCUUGUGCAUGCAGGGGUCGUGCCACUGCUCUUGAGACAGCUUUGUGAUCCGUCAAAGAAGUAUAUAAGUUGCCAGAAGAGGAAUAUGAUACAUAUGAAACAAGAAGCUGAGCUUUCCACGCUUGUAUGCAUCCACAAAUCAAAUAACAUUGCUGCUAUUAUGAGCUUGCUGAAAUCUCGUCCCACUAUAGAUAAUCCCAUCACCAUUAAUGUCCUUCAUCUAACUAAGCUCGAGGGUCAAUAUACUCCUUUCUUUGCUUCUCAUGAAUUUCACAAUGGAACGAGUUAUGAACGAUCCUAUUCUGAAGCCGUGAUUAUAGCUUUCAAUCAAUUUGAGCGACACAAUUGGGAUCUUGUGAGGUUAAAUAUUUUUACAGCAAUGUCCCAAGUUGACCUAAUGCAGGAGGAUAUAUGCUCUGUGGUCUUCAACAAAAGCGUGAGUCUUAUAAUAAUUCCAUUCCGUCGAAAAUGGGAUAUAAAUGGAUCCAUUGAAUUAGAGGGUCACAGCAUAAGGGCUCUUAACUACAAUCUCCUUACUACGGCUCCUUGCUCUGUGGGUAUCCUCAUUGACCGCAGCCAUCUAAUUGAGCACUCCAACAUACAAGGCAUCCCUUCAUCAACAGUUCAGGUAGCUUUGUUUUUCUUUGGAGGGGAUGAUGAUUGUGAAGCACUGUUUUAUGCUAUGCGCAUGGCCAAACAUCCAAGCAUCACACUCACAGUGGUGCACUUUACGACUCCCAUUAUAAAGGCUAACAAUGAAAAUGAUGAUUAUAAGGAUGCUGAGAGAAAGAUGAGGCUUGAUCUAUUAUAUUUGGAGGAUUUUAAGAAGAUGACAAUGACCAAUGAAAAUGUCAAUUACAUAGAGGAGAUGGUGAAAAAUGGGUCUCAUACAAAAUUAUUAGUUCAAUCCAUGGUAAAAGAUUAUGACCUCAUAAUAGCGGGGAGACGAUGCAAUGAACAGUCCCCUCAAACCUCAGGUCUUACGGAUUGGAGUGAAUUUCCAGAAUUAGGAGCCAUUGGAGAUUUUCUUGUGUCAUCAGAUCUUAAUAUAAAAUCUUCUAUUUUUAUUGUACAACGAGGAUAG